AUGUUUCCUGGUGAUUCUAUACCUCUAUUAUAUCUAACAUUUCUAUUACUUCUGUACGCAGCUUCAAAGUACCCAGAAGACCUCACUGCUGCCUGUAAUGCAGACUCUACGCCAGAACGCUGUGAUACACCGACAGUGCGGCCCCACGAAUCUCUAGCCACCGAGCAUGGUCUUUCGGGCCCCUUCCGGCUCUUUGACGUGCUGUCCCGGGCCCAAGAGGUACGGGGGCUGCCGGCAAGCCCGCUCGACCUAUCCGUGCAAUACGUUCCGCAGGGCCUCGUUGAGCAGUGGGCCCAGUGGACGGAUGCAGCACCGUUAUCAAGGGAGGGUCCUAGUGGUAGAUGGGCUAGGAUAUGCUAUGUAUGCAUGGAGGGAGACUUCAGUAGACGAGAUCUACCUCUCUUAGGAAUCCUACGAUAUGAAGGGACCCAUAGAGAAUUUAGAUUACCAGCCUGCUGGUCAACUCACCAGCCGAGGGAGGAUCCUGUUCACCUGUAA